AUGGCCAACUCCUGGUCCCGCCAAAUCCAAUAUGCCGCGACACCGCCGCUGCAGCCGGCUGCGCCGCGUCGUCGUCGGAGCUCUCCUGCUGUUAGCCGGAGGCCACAACGCCUACUCGGGCCGCCCGGUCUUCUCGCUGCCCCUCGGCCUCGGCGCCCGCCCCCGCCCUUCCCGUUCGCUGCCGACUUUUCGCCAUCGCCGUCGCCGUCGCCGCGAUCCUUCCGCCUCAGCGAUGACAGCCUCGCGCGGCGCCUUCUGCCCCUCCGCCUCCGCGCCGGCCACGCGCAGCCGCCGCAGGACGCGGAUGUGGAUGCGGUCCUCCUUCCCGACCAGGAGGUCCUGAUCCUGGACGACGCUGAGCCUACCGGCGACGCCAUCUGCGCCUUCAAGGGUGGGGCGUCCUCCCCGGCGAGACCGCUCGGGAGGCUGCCGGCGUCCGGGCUUCACGCAUACGUCUGCCGCCUUCCCGAGCCAGCGCAGAGCUUCCAGCAGCUCCAAGCGCCGCUCUUACUCCACUCCUCCACCUCCUCGGCCGCCGCAGCUGCUCCAGAUUCCCCUUCUCCUUCCCCGGGCCGCGCAUUGCUUAACUGGAGCAGCGACCCGAUAGUGUUCGACUCGGCUCUUCUGGACGGAGGCGAUGUGCUCGUCUUUGCAAAGGGAGUCAGCCGCCGCCAAGGUCUUCAGUGCCUGUAUCGCUACAGCGACGACGCCGAUACCAUGCUGGCAUCUUCACCAGCAAUCGCCUCAGUACAACAAGUUACUCGCUGCCCCUCGCCACCGACGCCUAUCAAGUCAGGAGGAAGCACCAAGGUUCUUGUCACACUAGGGGUCACCGGCGAGGAUCCCAUGCCCUCCCUUGCAACCUUUCGCCGACAGCAAGCUGAAUCUUCUUCAGUGACUCUUCAAAAGAGUUCAAUUUGCGCCUGCACAAUGGGACGCAACAUCUCCAAGUUUCUCAGGAAGUGGGCACUGUACCAUAGUGCGAUUGGGGUGGACAAGUUCUUUAUCUACGAUAAUGGCAGCGAGGACAACUUGGCAGGCCUAGUGGCGCAGCUCAUAUCCGCAGGUUCUUGCCAAUGGAUGGCUGUCAUGGACGUCGAUGAGUUCAUCUUCUCAACAAACUGGAUAGGAUUAGAGAAGCCAUCAAAAUCUUUGCUAGAGCCCGUCAUUUCUGUUGAUGAUAGCGUUGGCCAAAUAUACCUUCCGUGUUAUGAUUUUGCCCCCUCGGGCCAAACAGCACAUCCACCAGAGGGGGUCUGCCAGGGCUACACGUGCCGGUUGAAGAACCCGCAGCGGCACAAAUCCUUGGUCCGUCUCAACGCUGUGGAACCAUCCCUCAUGAAUGUGGUCCAUCAUUUUAAGCUCAAGCCUGAUUUCAAAAGCAUCUGGACCGCGUUCGCACGUAUUAACCACUACAAAUACCAAGCUUGGUCGGAGUUCAAAAUCAAGUUCAAGAGGCGCGUGUCUGCUUAUGUUGCUGAUUGGAAAGAUCCGAUCAACCUCGACUCAAAGGACCGGGCUCCCGGCUUAGGAGUUGAUGACACCGAACCAGAUGGCUGGGCCCAAAAAUACUGCGAGGUUAAAGACAAUAUCCUUCAGCUGUUAACUGCAAGAUGGUUUGGUGUCGGAUUUGGGAACCCUCAUUAGCUCCAAUCAGGCCAGGUAACACACUGGUAAGAUCUAUCGCCCCUCCCCCUCUUUUACAUAGUAAUUUCUGUUUAUUUAUAGUAGUAAGACACUAACAGAACGUAAAUCAAAACCACCAAAUUUUCCAGAAUUAAAAAUUAUCUCUUAAAUUGGAUGGUGUACACCUUUUAAAUAGGCUUUAGAUUGAUGGGGAAGCACCACAGUACGCAUCUACUGCUCAAUGAUGAACAUACUCCCUCUAGUCUAGUUCUGAAGAAGUCCCCAAAGUGCAACCUUUACUGCUUAUUUUUUUUAACUAUAAAACUCUUCGAAAUUAUACUUUUUAAAAAUACUUUAUGAGAGAUAACCUUUAUUUUUAUUAUACAUUACUGUGGAACUCUUCAAACCAAUAGUUUUUUUAAGAUACUUCAAGAUUACCUACACAUGGUUUUCACAUAUCCAAUCCAAAAAUAUUAUGAAAUAUAGUCAGUCAAAGUUUCCAAAAUGUUAAUUGAACCUAUGCCUCAACCAAGAACUUUUCGAGAACUAGCGGAGGGAGUAUAAUAACCUGAGAGCAUUUCUCCUAUCCAAGUUAGCAGUUUGUUUUCGCUAUUCAAGUUCUUGCUGUCCUUCUUUUUCCAUGUUGAACUGUUAAGAAUAGAAUUAUGUUAAUUUUGCCUUGAUACUCAGCAUGUGACACGGUGCUUUAAUAUUGGUUCUUUUGCUAAAAUUGGAUGACUUCUUUUGCUUGAAUGAUUUUGGCUUAACAGUUGGGGUUAGAUCAGUUGAAUUUGUAAUGCUUAGCUGGAGCACGACAUGAAGCCUCUUAAUUUUAUUUUAUAUUUGGGCCUGGGUGGGCUGGAUUACUAAUCCAUGAAAGCUUCACCCAAAUGAUUUCAAAUCUUGUUUGUUGCGGUCCAUUUCUUAAAUAUCUACCGGUUGAGCCUUAUGGUUGUUUGGCUUCUGUUCUGAAACUAGUUCAUUGAGAUGCUGGUAUACACUUUGUUGGCUUUUCUUUAAAACAAAUCUUGGUUUUGACUUGUUUUAAUUAGCUGGAAAUAUCUGUGGAAAAAGUCUUUCUUGAAAUGGAACUCAUACAUCAAAAUGCAUCUCCAAUGGAGAAUGCGACAUUGUCAGACUGAACUUGCAAGGUGAACGAGUGAACCAGUGUAUUGAAAAUUACCUUUGCUGUGUGGUUUCUACUGAUAUGAAGAAAUGGGUUCAGCAUUUACCCAUGGCUGAAUAUUGGUAAAACAGUUCCUUUUAUACGUCUCUGCAAAAGACUCCUUUCGAGGCCUUAUAUGGAUAUCCACAGCCACAAAUCAGUGAGUUCUCAAUGGUAGGCACUACCGACAGUGAGGCACAGGGUUCCUUAUCUGGCACACAACAACUGCUGUCAGCACUGAAAGCACAAUCUCUUAAUUGCUCAGCAGCGCAUGAAGAAAUAUGCAGAUUGCAAGCGAGUGGAAAGGACACUUGUAGUAAGUGACAUGGUUUACUUGAAGCUUCAGCCAUAUCGUCUGAGUGCUUUCGGCCUUCGCUCUCAUAUCAAGCUGCAAAGCAAGUUUUAUGGACCAUUUUGAAUACUGUAUCGCAUGGGCAAUGUGGCAUAUCACCUGCAGCUGCAAAUGAGAGCAUCCACCCAGUGUUCCAUAUCAGCCAGCUGAAGAAACACAUUGGACCCAAUGCAGUUCCCUGUGCUGAUUUACCUCUAGUUGAUCCUGAAGGGCGUACAAAAACUGAACCUGUUAUCAUAAUUCAGACCCGAAAGAUUCCUCGCAACAAUCUGCCGGUUGUCCAAUGGCUUGUAGAGUGGGAGAAUUUUCCACUGGAUGUCGCAACUUGGGAAGACGCAUAUUUCAUAAAGCAUACAUUCCCAGCCUUUUUCAAGACAGUCAAAGCAUGGCGUCGUCAACCUUCAGCUUCUUGAGGACAAGUUCAUGCUCGCAAGGGGGCAUUCUCAGGCUGAACUUUCAAGGUGUUCUAGUCUAAAGUUAACUGUACCGGUUCAGAUAAUGAAUGGCUGGGGAUCCAUGAUGGGGAAGAAGAUCGGACGGCUUGCAUUCGCUCGUCUACCUCUCUAGCUUAUUUGCUUUUCACUGUUGCUUUUCUAACCACUUUAUUCUCUUCUAGCCAACCACGGCUGUAGCAGAACAAUGUAUGCGCUACACGGGAUAAGCCCCGAUCAAUCAAUAAAGUACUAUGCGGCCUCCCAAGGGAGGUGAGACGCUUCUGA